AUGGUUAUUGAUGUAAAAAGGGAUGUCGUCCAGCUCGCCUUCAUUCCGCUGAAGAUUGAGCGUCUUGAGAUAAAGUACAUUGAUCUCAGUCAACGUCUGUCUGCAUCACGUGAUCUCGCUGAGUUCAUUUGUAAGAUGCCUAAUCUCAGGGAACUUUGUCUCGGUGGUGAAUAUGAAGAAACACGUUCCUCACUUCACGAAGAGUUCUAUUCAACGUUAUCAUCCUUAGCAUCAUCCGCAAAGAUUGAGAUUCUUCAUUACAGUGAGAAUCUCAGUCAACGUCCGUCUGCAUCACGUGAUCUUGCUCAGUUCAUCUGUAAGAUGAAUCAUCUGAAGAACCUCAAACUCUACGGUCAGUAUCAUGAUGACUUCUACUCAACAUCAUCGUCGAUGGCAUCAACUGCAAAGAUUGAGAUUCUUCAUCACAAUGAGAAUCUCAGUAAACGUCCGUCUGCAUCACGUGAUUUCGCUCAGUUCAUCUGUAAGAUGAAUCAUCUGAAGAACCUCACACUCUCCAGUCAGUAUCAUGAUGACUUCUACUCAACAUCAUCGUCGAUGGCAUCAACUACAAAGGAUGAAUGCAACACGAGUUCAACUGUGACUGAUCUGACCGUUACUGAUAUGGCACUAAGAGAAUGGCAGGAUUGUGGUUCGAUGUUUGACAAUGUGAAGAGGAUCACCAUACAGGUAUGGGGCGCGAUCAGAUGUGACGUCAUCCAGAGGAUCCAUCUACCAGCAGCGACAGAGCUCACUAUUCAAAGAUAUGACAUGUAUGGGUAUGUUGCUUGCCUGGCUUCUCUCUACGAUGAUCCCACCUCACUACCCAAUGCACUCCACAAUGUCUCAUCUCAGCUUGUCAAGGUCACAUUCACAGAUCUCAACAUCGGUAACGAUCAGGCCGAACGCAUCAUUCAAGCUUUCAAAUCAACACACGAUCUCAAAAAUCUGAGGAUCCUGGGAUUCAUAAGAUGUGGGACUGAUGAGAGCUUAGAUCCUUCUAGCAUUGAUUCUAAUGAUGAACAUAGGAUACAGGUGGAGAUAGUACAUGGCGAACCAGAGUGGUAGUAAUUUCGAAGAUGAAGUUGCGGCAUGACGACUCAGACGAUCCUAACAUGGCAGCCAACAUGAAACACAGGGGUUGUUUUUUUUUCAUUUCGGUUUAUCGUACAGUAUUCGGAAUAGUUAUAGAGGUAGAUAUGCUCCCGCUGUCGAUCAGUUGGCAACGUCAUGAACGUCAUGACUUGUACUAUGACAGUUAAAUGACCGACCUGGGCGUUAUUCCAGGGGGUAUUAAAAUGCAUCUGAUGUUAUAGGGCGUUAAGUAUUUUAUUGUUUGAAAAUGAUUAGAUCUAUACAAACAUGACAAAUGAGACCACUCCAUGGUGUCAGUACACUUUGUCAAAAAAGGACAACAUAUGUUUGGAGCCGAGUAAAUUAACAUUUUUCAAUUUUAUGUGGUUCAAUCAAGUUUUAUAUUAUUGUAAAUUCAUUAAACAUUACAAAA